AGCUGUUGUCAGUAGUUCGCAGGGAAGUUUAUUUCCGUCAGUAUCCGAGGAAAAUCAACCUACUGUCACCCAGCCGUACCACCGAUGGGUGAAAAAAAAUCGGCAAAAAGCGCAUAUACCAGUGCCAGUUAAAAUACAGACAACAGUAAAUUCGCUCUUUCGCGAAUCAUUUUUCAUCUCAAUGUAAUGACUCGCACGCGUGCCUUGCAGUUCCGUUGUGCGAUUUAAGGCCGAGGUAUUUGCACCACGAAUCAGGUGUUUUUUUCGUCAGCAGCAAUUGUCCCGUUGCUAACCAAAGCGCAAACGAGUGAGGAACGAACCCAGUUGGAAAUAUGCGGGCUUGGCGGUGUUCGACCGUGCGUUGGCUGUUUCUGGCUAUCCUGAUAACCGUGGCCAUCGAGGUACAGUGCGCCACCAAAGACCCGUAUACAGCCCUCGGUGUGGAGCGGCGGGCAACGCUGCAAGAAAUCCGACGGGCUUACAAGCAACUGGCUAAAGAAUGGCAUCCCGACAAAACAAAACACCCAGAGGCUGAGAAAAAAUUUGUCGAAAUCAAACAAGCGUACGAACUGUUGUCGGACUCGGAGCGCAGAAAGGCGUACGACCAGUUUGGCAUUACAAAUGAAGAUGCGAUCCUGAACCGGGAACGACCGGAUUACACCGGCUACGGUCGAUUUCAAGACCCGUUCGAGCACUUCUACGGCGCGCACAACUUUAACUUUCAUGAUCAAGAUAUCAGCCUCUACCAUCGGCUUUCAAUUACGGCGAAAUAUUACGAAUCCAACAUCCUGCCGAAAAGUCACCAAACACCACAAAUUCUCAUGUUCUACGCUGACUGGUGCUUCGACUGCAUGAAGGCAGCCAACUCCUUUAAGAAGAUGAUUGACACCCUCGAACCAUAUGGUGUCACGUUCGCUACAAUCAACGCCGGACACGAGCAGCAGCUAGUACGCAAAACGGGCGUACACUCGCUACCGUGCAUAAUUAUGGUGCUCGAUGGGCACAACUACAUUUACCGUGAAAGCGUUUUCAAUGCGCAAAACUUGGUCGACUUCAUUAGGCAGAAGAUGCCGUACAAGCUUCUGGUGCCUGUUACGGAUGACACGAUUGAUGCGUUUCUGGGCGGUUGGUCAGACAAUCGGGUCCGUGCGCUCAUCUUGGAACCGAGGGCGCAGCCCCGUUUGCGCUAUCUAAUAACAGCGUUUUACUUCCGCGACCGCGUUGCUUUCGGAUUUGUGUCGCUCAGCGCCAAAGAUACACGCCGCACGCAGGAACGGUUUAAAAUUCAUCCUAGUCUUGACUCGCUGCUGCUGUUCAACGAGUAUCCGAGCCGCCCUGUUGCCAGUAUAUCCAUGUCGGACAUUCCUUCGCCCACACUAAAUAAUGUGAUAUCCGUCAACAAGUAUCUGGUGUUGCCGCGCCUUUCCUCGCAGCACGUACUGGACGGAGUAUGCCCAGCGGAAUGGAACCGCCCGAGAAAGCGAUUAUGCGUUGUGUUGGUGACGGAAAAUACGAGCCUGCACGACGGUGCCCGUCAGAUGAUGCGUCGUAUGGCUCUUGAAUCGAGCUUCAGCCGUGAGCGUGUACGAUUCGCUUACAUUUACAAGGAAAAGCAAGACGAGUUUAUUGGCACGUUGUCGAAACAUAACCAGCUACAGGAUGCGUUGUUGAAAUUAGUGAUUUUCUGGCGUCGCGAUACUAACCACGUACGGUACGAGUGGAUUCACGAGGUGAUGCUGCAAGUAGAUAAGACUGCCGAGAACGACACUCAGGAUCAGUUCUUCAAUACCACUAAGCAGAAGGUGGACAGUGCUAUCCAGCGGCUGUUGCGUACGUCCGAAGCGCUGAGCUUUGAGGCGGAAGUGAAAGAUCUAAUGGACGAACACGCUCAAAGCUUGGCUGUGCGCGUUUUGAAUCGCGUCUUGUUGGCCAUUGAGUUUAUGACCGACAAUCUCGGCCAGGAGCACAUCUUGCCAGCUGUGUCCGUGGUCGGUACGAUCGCGUUCAUCUUCAUAAUCGGUUACCUUAUGUCCUAUUUGUUGCGCCUCGAGGAAGAAGACAUUCAGUUGAAGCAGGGCAAAAACGUGGACAAUUUAAAUGGUAAAUCGGCUAGCUAUGUUCCGGAGCUGCGAUUGCAUGAGCUCCGGGCAGAAAAGUAUAAUGGUUUAGUGCGUCUGCUGAAACCCGGUUGUCGGACGAUCGUAUUGCUUAGUGAUAUGCAAUCACGACCCAAACUGAUAUCUGCAUUUCACAAAGCCGUAUGGCCAUACAGAAAAAAUAAAACCUUGAUGUUUGCUCAUAUGCUAAUCGAAAAAGGAAUCGGUUGGUAUGCAGAACUAUUACGUCUAUCCCUCUCGGAAUCACGUGAAAUGAAAAUAAAUCCACGAAACUGCAUUGGGACCGUGAUUGCCCUUAAUGGCCACCGCAAAUAUUUCUGCAUGUAUCACGCUAAGCAUCCUGAAUCGAACCGUGGAGCUAAGCGUAUGAUCAAAAUUACUCGCCAUCUGAGCUCCAUGCCUUCGGAUCCGGAAGCAGGCGCCUUUCUGGGCAUGGAGAGCUCAGAUUCCGAAACUUCUAUGUCGGAUGUCUCCGAACCAAAGAUAUUGCUAGAGGAAAAUUUGCUCGACGGUUUGCCGAACUGGCUGGAUCGGUUGUUCGAGGGGACGACACAUCGGUAUUACAUCAACUAUUGGCCCGAUUUCACAUCCAAGUGAGCAGUGCUGCAAAGAAGAAGCCCGACUGUAGCAAAACCGUGGAUCAAGUUAUCCUCUCGUUUUCGUGCCCUUCUUAAAUCACUCACUGGCGAAUGGGCUCGUGCUUCUGUCGCUGAGCUAAAGAAGGUCAACGAAUUUCCGGGAUUGAAAAGGGUGUUCUGUAGAGCUCCUACUUCCAUAUUGACUGCCCUGUUUUCUAAUCCUUCUUCAACUGACCUCUUUUGGUUAUGUUCUAGUCAAUUCUAUUACCAAUAACGUGACACCUCGGGAGUUUGUUUUGAGUAGUGUUGUUUGUUACUUUUAUAAGUAUAUGCUAAGGUAAAAGCAUUCACAAGCUAAACCUAAUAUGUUUUCGUGCGUAAUUGGGUUGGAUUCGAUAUCGUAUGCAAUCAUUGGGUUUAUGUGAGCCUACUUCAAUUCAAUUCAAUUUUCAAAUAAGACAGAAAGGCCUUGAAUCAUUCUCUCGUACUACUCUCGUCUGACUAUUGCCUGGAUUAAGAUAGAGCAUAUUGCAGCCUCUUUUGCCAUUCAAAGCUGACCAAAUAAUAUACGCAUUUAUAAUCAGAUGUUUUAAGGACGUCGAACAGGAAACGCUUGAAAAUCACAAAAGUAGUUCCUGCCACUGUUAUGCAGCGAAUGUGAACCUUCAAUAUCCAACUCAAAAUAACAUCAACCAUCAAUGGAUGCAACUCGCGGACUAGGCAGCUAUGAUUUGAUGCAUUUUGCUAAAAUUAUACUAUCUUCCGUUUUGAACACACGCAGAUAAAUCAAGAACAAAGUAAACUAACAAUAUACUACCUGGUCAACUACAGGCAUUCAUUCUAGCUAAACACUUCGUAAAAAUCAAGAAAAUCGUAUUAACUUCAUCUACAAAUGUCCCUUUCCACUCAAGAAUAGUUUCAUUCUUUUUUACUUCAAAGUUAAGUUUCUCGUUGCACUAGUGAAACGAUCACAAAGCAGCAGCUAUUUUUCAACUGAAAUUGUAAAAAAAAAAUGCGAAACGAUAGUAAUAUUCAACAGUCACUAGUCAUUUACAGAGAAAAAUACAGCUAGUAAAUUAUUCAAAUAGUUCGAUGCCA